AUGGCACUGGUGGCAGCAUUCGCCGUGAGCGCGUACGCGGCGUCCGCGCACCGCGCCGCCUCCAAGCCGUUCAACCCGCUGCUAGGCGAGACUUACGAGUGCGUGCGUGAGGACCGCGGCUUCAACUUCGUGGCGGAGCAGGUGUCGCACCACCCGCCGGUGUCUGCGUGCCACGCGCAGGCAGCGCGUUGGGUGCUGUGGCAGGAGGCGCGCAUCCGCACCAAGUUCUGGGGCAAGUCCAUGGAGUUCCAGCCCGCUGGCCACGUACACCUGCGGCUGCUGCCGCACGGUGACCUCUACACUUGGAACAAGGUUACGACGUGCGUGCACAAUCUGUUCGGCGGACAGCGUUGGGUGGAUCAGUACGGAGACAUGCACAUCACCUGCCACGGCAAGGACAUCAGCUGUAAACUAAACUUCAUCAAGGCGAGUUCGUGGUCGAGCGGCAAGCACGAAGUACGUGGUGCUGUGACGUGGGCGGGCGGGCGGCUGCGGCUGUCGGGCCGCUGGUCCGAGGCGCUCUAUGCCGGGGAGCCGCCCGCCGCGCGCUGUCUGUGGAGACCUGGUGCCAUGCCACCGGACCACGAGCUAUACUACGGGUUCACCCGCUUCGCCAUGGAGCUUAACGAGCUGGAGCCCGGCAUGAAGGACGUGCUGCCUCACACGGACACAAGGCUUAGGCCCGACCAGCGCGCCCUGGAGGAGGGAGAUGUGGAGACGGCCGAGCAGCUGAAGCACCAGCUCGAGCAGGCGCAGCGCGAGCGACGCCGCGACGCUCAUGAGCACACGCCCGCCUGGUUCCGCAAAGUGACUGAAAACGGUGAAGAAAUGUGGGUGUUCACGGGCGAGUACUGGAAAGCGAGAGAGGCGGGCUUCCCAGAUCUAAAGGCGCCCGUUAUAUGGUGA